GCUUUUCUACAAGAGCUUCUCAAUCACAAAUCGCUUUACAAACAAGGAAUACAGCUUGGGCUGUUCCAAUGUAUUCCGGGGGGUGCACGGAAACCGUGUUGCGAUUAAAACCUUAAUUAAAACGUACCUCUCUGUAUAUAGACGUGUAUAUUUUUAAACGUAUGAUUACGUAAACCUUAGAGAUAUGUGUCGAUCUGUAAAUACAUCGGAAGUUCGAUUUUGUAAACUUUUCGACAAGAAGCAUGGACCCCUGUGGAGGUCUUGGUAGCGCUCACACUCCAGCUGAUCGGCCUCGGCUCCCGGUGCGGUCCGUCGGACUGUACGCGGCUAUUAAUAAUUUCUCGAGGUUUUUUUUUUUUUUUUUUUUUCGCAUGUUAAUCAGAAAACAUCAUCUCAGUCCGUGCUCUCGGCGACGUGUGUGUCGUGUGUUGUGCUUUUUGAACCGAGGAUUAUAUUACAAAGCGUACUCGGGAAACGACUGGCUGAGGAAUUUCCCCCACAACAAACAGGCCGCUAGCUCAUCCCCGGUCUUUCUUUAGAGGAGGUCGCCGAUUUUCACACUUCAUCAUGGGGGACACAGGGAGCGAACGGAGCAAGCCACCGAGUAACGUUAUACCUCCGCGGUGUCCUUGUGGAUUUUGGGGGUCGAGCAAAACCAUGAACCUCUGCUCCAAAUGUUUUGCAGACAUCCAGAAGAAGCAACCAGACGAAGACUGCGCUUCAGAGCCCGCCCCCAGCUCCAGCAAUAGCCAAUCAGCCGUCUUCUGUAAUGAGACAAGCAGCAGCAGUAGCCAAACCCUGUCCUCGGGCUCCGAGGGGCCGUCCACAGAUGCCACGCCUCUCUCUAAACAGGAAGAAGUCUCGAGUACAGACACAGCCCGAGGCACGCUAUCUACUCCGACGAAACGGCCCUGUGAUACAGCCUCGGGUUCGGAGAGCGAGGCCUCCCCGGAGAAGCGGGUGCGUGUCGGCGAGUCCUCUGAAGAAUCUCAGCGAGGGCCUAAGCAGAAGAACCGCAGGCGUUGCCAUCGCUGCCAAACCAAACUCGAGCUUGUACAGCAGGAGCUGGGCUCAUGCCGCUGUGGAUACGUAUUCUGCAUGCUGCACCGGCUGCCCGAGCAGCACGACUGCCUGUUCGACCACUUGGGUCGUGGGAGAGAGGAAGCCGUGCUUAAGAUGGUCAAGCUGGACCGUAAGGUGGGCCGAUCCUGCCAGCGCAUCGGAGAGGAGUGUUCCUGAACACAUACACACACAUACAUACAUAAAUACACUCUCUCUCUCACACACACACACACACACACACACACACACACACACACACACACACACACACACACUGUAUAUUCCCUUUCCAGUCUCACUUCCCCUGAUUCAACUGAGGCCAGUGGUGCUUAGAUCCUCAGUGCUGAACAAUGUAACACACAUGCCCCCUCCCAAGCCCCCCCCACACGCACGCAAUCUCCUGGCCGUGACACUCCUCACAACUGUCUUAAUAUCCUUCCUUUGGAUCUUGUUGGAAGAACACCAUCUCAAAAAAAAGAGAAUCAUCUAGUGGUGUUUUUGGCAUGCUGCCAUCAUCUCAGAUUAAUUUUUUUCUUUCCCCCCUGCCAUUUUCGAUUCUACAGUCCAUCAUAAUUUUCAAAAAUGAAUCAUAUAUCCCUCUGUUGUUGUCGUUGUUGUCGUUAUCUCAAUUUAGGUUUUCAAGUAUAAGGUCACUAGGUCAGGGGUCAUUCCCAACAUGAAAAAAACCUCCAUCAGGCCUACAAAGCUGAGGAAAACGAGAUCUGUGAUCAGGACUGGCCUUCGCCCUCAUCAGCGGAAUCAGGUUCCACCUCCUAACUUCCUUCGGUCUGUUUGGAGAAUAAAUUUUUUUCAUUUUGCCUCCAGUCGCCACGAUCGUUCUUUAACCCGAAUUCGAAUCGGAAACGGGGUCUGACGUGGCUCACACACCCUCACGUCCACCCGUUCGUUGGCCUUGGAGAUACCGUGUGCUGUCACUCUAGAGGCCUCUAUUUUUCACACUCAUUUCCCUGCACGCGCACACACACACACACACACACACACACACAGUUAUACAUACACCCGAGUUGUUUUGAUAUAUUACGUUCAUAUACACACAAAAACCACAUGUGGUCUGUGUGUGCCCAGCACAUGGACAGAAGCUAAAUCGGUACCCUUCGGACCGGGUUCAUUCGGGAUCGUGCGCCCCAGGGCUUUACGGGAACUGUAGUUCAGGUCUGCAUACACUUCUGUAAACUUGCAGCUCCAGUCAGACCCCAUAUGAUGUAUUUAGUGAUGCUCUGCCUCCAGAAAGCUACAGUUCUCAAAAUGAUUCUUUCCUCCUUUCAUGUCUCCCCCACCCACCCCCCCCACCUACCCCAGUUCUGACCCUCCUUUUCAUUCAUCCUUCACUUUUCUUCUCACUUCCAGUUUUGCACUUUUUUCCUUCCCAACACACGGUUAUCUCAUUCGUCACGUUUUCCAAGUGGCUUUAGGAGGGACUGGGUUUUGAAGGUUGGAGGCAGAGUGCUGAAUAUACAGGUUUUUUUUUUUUUUUUUUAAAGCGUUUUUUUUUUUUUUUUUUCCUUUCUGUUAAAAGGACAGCGCUGAAGACAAUAAGUGAAUAUCCUGUAUCUUAAAGAAAUCCUUAUUUAACCAUCUUUGUGUUUCUGAUUAACUCGCACUAGCAUAGAGCUGCGUUUCUUUUCCCUCUUUAGGUUAACAUUGUUAAAGAGAUAAAAAAAGCAGUAUGGAUAAGAUAAUUCUGUAGCCUUUCUUUGGGUUUUUUUUUUUCUUUUUUUUUUCUCCUUUCCUUUUUGCUGAAAAAGAAUAAACUGGAUUAGUGAA